UCUGCAAAACUGUGAAGAAAUUAAUACUAUAAUCAAACAAAAUGGGGUUGUGCAUUAAGGUUUGGUUUUGUGUACUGAGUGUGUUGGGGCUGGCAAUUAUGAGUGAUUUUGCCAACGCUCAAGAUUCACAUAAAGACUAUCUGAAUGGACACAACCCUGCACGAUCAGAUGUUGGUGUGAAAAAUAUAGUUUGGAAUGACACAGUUGCUGCUUUUGCGCAAAAAUAUGCUAAUGAACGUAAAGAUUGUCAACUGGUUCAUUCAGAUGGUGGUGGCAUCUACGGGGAGAAUAUUGCAAUGAGCACCGGUGACAUGAGUGUUGCAGAGGCAGUGAAAUUGUGGGUGGAUGAGAAACCCUUCUACGACUACACUUCCAACUCUUGUAUUGGUGGAGAGUGUCUGCAUUACACUCAGGUUGUUUGGAGAAAAUCGGUGUAUCUUGGAUGUGCCAAAGUACGUUGCAACAAUGGCGGCACCUUCGUCACUUGCAAUUAUUCUCCUCCCGGCAACUAUAUUGGCGAAAGACCAUACUGA